AUGGCAAUGUCUAGUGCCGCCAACAUCUUGUUGAAACAGUUUAAAGAACUUACACAAUUUCCAGUGCCAGGGUUUACAGUCGCUUUGCAGGAUGACGAUGUUUUUGAAUGGGACGUAGGUAUUAUUGGUGCACCUAAAACUAUUUACGAGGGCGGUUACUUUAAGGCAACUCUCAAAUUCCCAGUUGAUUACCCAUUUAACCCACCGACGUUUAAAUUCAAUAAUGAGUUUUUCCAUCCCAAUGUUUAUUCAGACGGAAGGCUCUGCAUAUCUAUUCUUCACCCACCAGGCGAUGAUCCAACCAGUGGUGAGACCGCCGCUGAACGUUGGAAUCCCACUCAAAGUGUUGAAAUAUCGUCAGCCUUAUGGGGGAUCCUAAUUGCUCAAGAUGCUGGGGUUUUGUAUCGUACAGAUCGUGAUUCUUAUAAUCAUAUUGUUCAUGCUCAAGUCGAGGCAUCGAAAAAGGACAUUCCGGAAGGUUUGAAAAUACCAACAAACACCGAUGAUUUCAUUGUUCAAAAGAAACAAGCCGAAGAUGAUCAAGAUGAAAAUUUCUGGUAUGCAUCUGAUGAAGAUGAUGAAGAAGAUAUGGAUUAUAUGUCAUCAGAUGAUGAAGAAGAAGACUAA